AGCGCUCACAAUCGAUUCCCAUCCGCAGUCCGGCUCGGCGUUCGAACAUGGCAGACAAGACGAAGGUUGCUGAACAAUACUACGCCCCGCCGCCGGACCUAGGCAAAUGGGAGGCCUUCAGGAUCUUCCUAUGGAACUCGGAGACGGGGCAGGUCCUCGGCCGCACGGGGUCCAGUUGGGCAAAGAUUCUUCUAUUCUAUCUCAUCUUCUAUGCGAUCCUCGUGGGAUUCUUCGCGGCCAUGCUGGCCAUCUUCUACCAGACCCUGGACUCAAAGAUGCCCAAGUGGCAGAUGGAUGGUUCGCUGAUCGGCAGUAAUCCAGGUCUGGGCUUCAGACCGAUGCCCGACUCAGCCAACGUGGAGAGCACGCUCAUCUACUACAGGGCCAACGACAAGGGUUCCGUGCUCAAGUGGGCUACCGUCAUCGAUGAGUUCCUUGAUCAGUACCGCAAGAAGGGCAGUGGUGGUGGUGAGGCGUCUGGGGCGGAGAACCGCGUGCCUUGCUCGCCCUCGACCGGCGCGUUGGGCGAGAAGCAGGUGUGCGACGUACCCGUCGACAAGUUCAACCCCUGCACCUCCGCCAACCAGUACAACUACGAGCAGGCCGGUCCCUGCGUCUUCCUCAAGCUCAAUAAGAUCUUCAACUGGACCCCUCAGCCGUACAACACCACCGAGGAUCUUCCCACGAACAUGCCGGAGGAUCUCAAGCAUCACAUCAAGACCAUGCACAGGAAUCAAUGGAAUACAUUGCCAAAUGUCAGUCGGAGUGUUCGUAAAGUAUAUAAAAACUCAACUCGUUGUUUUCCAGCCGGCGUUCUGAUCAACAUCGAAUGCAAGGCGUGGGCCAAGAACAUCUUCUACGACCGAUACGAGCGGCGCGGCUCUGUGCACUUCGAGCUGAUGGUGGACCGCUCCUAGGCGGCCGGGCCAGAGCCGGGGCCGGGCUCCGCCGCGCGACCGUCAGUUGGCGCCGAGGCAUCCGACCGCUCCACACGACUGCCAUUACUUGUCGCGCCCGCCAAUUGACAGUCGCUUCGUGUAGCCGCUUUCAUUUUUAACUUUGUCACAAAUAAAUAGUCAAGUUUAGGUACGGAAAGAUAAAAGCGAUUGGCCGCCAAGGCAGACGUUAUCCCGGGAGGGUCGCAGAUGCCAAGCCAUGUUCGGACACGCCGGGCGCCGGCUGCCAAGCGCCAUUAGCAAUAGAGCCACAUAGUCGGCGGUUUAUUUAUAUUCGUUUUAGAAUAGCCAGAGGGCGCCACUGAUUUCAAGUUUUGUUUACACGCUUAAAGUUUUAAACUAUUAAAUAAUGUUUAUUAUGUAAUGUUUUCUGGACGGAGAGUCAAUAAAUAUGCAAUAGUUGGUUUCAAUUUAGCUUUU